GCCAGCUCAGGCUCAAACCAUCAAUUCACGUUUGUCAAGACUUCAAACUCUCAUAUCUCAGCAGGGACAAGUAGUUGGGACCAACUUGAUCUUGUGGGAAUGGACAAGCAAGACAAAUCUGCAGCAUCGCAUGAUCAGACUCCUCCAUCACCUUCAAAUACAGGUUCAUCUGACUCGUCGCAUGUAUCACCGCCAGGACGGCCUCCACACUCAACUGGUUUUCCUUGGUCGAGUUGGCCAUCUGUGCAUGUCAUGCGACCCCAAAAUGGCCAAUAUUCUCCCCGUACAGAUGAACGAUGCUUAUCUUACUGUUCCCAGUCUUCGCGAGGAAGGGCUGAGGGUAAUGAGCCGUGGUGUCGUUCUAUUUGUCUUCGUCGCGUUUUCGCACAUGAGGUUAAGCGAGUAGUUGCUCACGACAAUGCAUCCAAACUGCAUGGAGCAUCUUCACGACUCUUUCCGCUUCCGCCAGAAGGUCAACCCGGCUCCUCGCGUCCCCUGCGACAGGACCCAGGCCACUUUUCAGAAGAUCAUGAACUUUCACCCCCUUACACAAGUCCAGAGGACACUCGCUAUUGGGAAGAGGGUUGGUAUCUGUGGACGAGCAAGAGUCGGUGGGCGGCUCAGGAGAAAUUUGACUUAAUGACAUGCGACCUUCACCGCCAAGACCAGUGGCAGCGAUAUAAGACGGAUAAAUCCAAACAGGAGCCCGUACAUAGAGCAUACGGUAAUGAGGGCCUGGAAUGCAAACAGAGAGAUAAACAUUGUGGGAAUGGAUAUGAUGUGAGUGCAGGGAUGUCUUCGAGUUCUGCGGAAGACUCCGCUAAAUGGGUGGCUUGGCAAGAGUCGACAAUGGUUCAUCUUCCUCCUCGCUUACCGUCAGUGUAUGAGCCCCUCAAUCAUUUACUCGCACCGACAUUCAAGGUUAUAUCAUUGAUUGGCCAAAGCUUUGACUCUGGGGUAUACGCACAGCUUGCUCAACGGACGUGGGAAAAGGCUCGCUCUCCAGAUCCCUUCAUUCUUGCAGAGAAUGUGUGUAAAAAAAUGUGGGAGAAGUGGAAAGAGGGACCUCCAGAUGAUGCAGACUCAGAGUUUUGAUUUUACUUAUGUUUGUAAUCUGUACUCAUGGUUCAUGAUAGUGGUGGACUGUAUAUAUCGUCGCUAUC